CUAUGUUGCCAUGCAGUAAAUGAUGCAAUGUCAGAGGACCUCACUGUAGAAGCUUUUUUGUUUGGGCUAUUGGUCUUUUCUGGCAUCCUUGGAAACAUCCUGGUUAUCCAUGUGGUGCUUCAGUCAGCUGUUGAAAGUCCUUCUGGGAGACUUCCUCCCUCUGACACUAUUUUGGUGCAUCUCUCUCUGGCCAACCUGCUAACCUCACUUUUCCGCACUGUGCCCAUCUUUGUGUCUGACCUGGGCCUGAAUGUGUCCCUGUCCCCGGGCUGGUGCCGUGUCUUCAUGCUGCUGUGGGUAUGGUGGCGAGCUGUGGGCUGUUGGGUGACUCUGGCUCUAAGCGUCUUCCAUUGCACCACCCUGAGGCGACAGCAGGUGGCCUUUGGACCUUUGGUACUGCAGAGGGAGAGGAGGCGGGUAUGGAUCGUUCUAGCACUGGUGUGGGGGGCAAACCUGGCCUUCUCAAUUCCAGCUCUGGUAUACAGCACUCACGUUCAUGGCAACGCCACUGUGGAGCUGAUGGUGAUCAGUUGCACCACCAGGCCUCUGCUGGGCUGUGUGUGGGAGUUUCCCACCAUCCAGCAGGGCUCAGCCUUUGCCUCCACCUCACUGGCUUUUAAUGAAGUGUUGCCACUGGUGCUAAUGGUUUGUACCAACCUGGCUACACUUCAUGCUCUCGCAAAACACAUCCGAGCUGUAACCGCUGGUGCAGAGGCAGGGGGAACGCAUGGUGAGCUGGACAAACAUGUGGCCACUGAACGCAAAGCAGCUCAUGUCAUCAUGUCUCUAGUGUCGCUCUUCGUGGUCUGCUGGGUGCUGCAGGUUGCUGCGGUGACUUACUACAACCACGAUGGGGGACACCACGCUGAAGGGCUGCUGACUGUGGCCCACUUCUCUGCAUCGCUAUUCGUAGGAUUCAGUCCCAUGGUGGUGGCCCUCGGUCACAGCAAGCUGAGGAGGAGAAUCAUGAGUAUGAUACUGGGCUGGUCUAAAGUUCUUAAUUGUCACAGUGAGUUGUCUGAUAAGGGGGGCACAUCCUCAAAGACUAAAGGAAAUCAAACCAUUUUUAUUGUUCAAAAAGAGCAAAAGGUCAUAAAAGUGAAGGAAAAGGUCAAAUCAAUAAAGUGAGUGCAAUGAUAUCAGACUAACAAACAUAUUCUAAUAUUUAUACUUAAAUGUGCAGAGAUGCAUCAUCAAUUUAAAUCCAGUGAUUAUGUGAUCUCUGUUUCUUCUGAACUGUUAAGUAUUAAUGUUCUUAUUUAAGAUAUUCUUUUACACAUGCAACUUAAACUUACACUUGUGUUGGUAGGUCAGCUAUCAUUACUGCAAAAGAUGAUUGCAUUGAUUUUACCCAAUUCAAUCCACUGCUUCUUUUUUCUAUGGGGGUGAAAUGUAUUCAAAUGACGCUUUGAGUUUCUCAUCUCAUUUUUAUGGAUUGAUUGUUCUAUACAGUCAAGCUCAUUUGUAAAUGUCACUAUCAUGUACAAUUUCUCAGAAAGUUGUGAGCCCAAAACAAAACUUUACAAUGACUCACACCAAGUCCAGUCACUUUUGAGCUGAAGACAAAACUCUACAAAAAAAGAAACGAAAAUCUAAAAAAAAAAAAAAAAAAACUUAGGUAAAUCUAAAAAUCCCCAGAAAUUUGGUAACAAUAAAAUAGUUCUCUCUCUGUCACAAGUUACCAUUUUAUUGGUUAUCUUUAAACUGUUUUUUUCCCCAUGGUUUUGAAAGUUUUUGUAGAUUUGACCAAUCGUGUUUUCUUUGGAUCAGUUGUUGGGAAAUUUAAAAUAAAAGCAUUGUCUACAUAAAUCAUUUAAAUAAUUGGUUCAUAAAAACAAUUAAACAUCAAUUACUUUAAAAAAAAAAAAAAUAUAUAUAUAUAUAUUUAAUGCUGGAAGGUCUGUGAGAGCUGCACCUUCAGAGUUUCAAUAGAGUGUACUGUCACCGAGGGACUCAGUCAGAGGGCGAGUGCAGACUUGAUGAAAGAACGUAGACGACGAUGGCCGACUGCCAGAACAAUAGGGGACAUGGCAAUGAAAAUAAUGUUGGCAAAUCGAGCAACGACCAGAAGAAACUCAGCUGAGGAGCCACGGUUGUAGUUGAAAUAGUUGACAGAGAUAAUGCUGGUUCCCCAGGAUAAAAUAAAAAGCAUGAUGAGAGCAAGAAUCACCUGGGGAAUGCACACACAAAGCAAAGAAUUAGGGAGGAUAUGAACUCUGAUCCAAAACUGAGAUUUUGUGAAACUGUUGUAAGCUAUGUUCUUCAGUUCCAUAAAUCCUCAGGUCUACUGUAAAUCAUACUUUAUGAUUCAUCAUUCCACUUCUUAUUUAAAGGACACACUUGUUAGAUCUGAAAAUAUCCUUUUCUCCUCACCUUGGCUGCUCGUCUCUCAGCUGGCACUCGCUUAAUGACAAAGACACCUUCCACUGAACUCCUCAUCCUCCCAUGACUAUGGAGUGUGUAAAGGGAGCCAAGGUUGGUGAAGGUCAUUAGGAUAAUGGGAAUUGUUUCAUGGAUAAUCAUAGAUGUGGUGGCAUAGAGAAGGCCACUGUUGGUGGAGGGAAAGUUCCACACACAGCCCAGCAGGGGGCGUGUUGUGCUACUUACCAACAUCAGGGUCUGAUGAGAGAACAAGAAGACGAGAUGAGUAAAGUGAGGGGACUAGGGAGAGCUGGCACAAACAUUUUGUCAGAGAUUUAGGCUACUAAAAUCAUUUUUUAAAUUAAAAUAAAA